UUCACCCUCAUAUACUACAGCACAAGAGGAGAGGGACACAAAGUUGAUCAAGCUUUUCCGGUUGGCUAGCCCUAAUUUCCUCUCGAGACUUCUGGCGUUGGAGCUGAGCGGACGCGCAGACCGAGAGAGAGAGAGAGAGAGAGAGGGAGAGAGCUCCUGGUCGAGGAGCAGCAAGGAGGAAACCCGGGGGGUAAUUAACUCCCAGUCCGCUUCCUACCACCACAACCCCACACACUGUAUGGUUACUCCCGCGUAGGCUCAUGCACCCCACCGGCAGCUUAACGUGCCCAAGGAGGGGUGUGUGAGGGAGCGCACAAUGGUUCGGCGGAUGGGAGCGCGGCCGCUCCGAGGUCUCCCAUCCGCGCGCCUCUCUGUCUCCGUGAAGCCGCCGCAGAGCGCCCCGCCGUUACCCGUCCGGGGAGUUAGUCCGACUCGUCUUUGCGCAACUCUGCGUCUUUGUCGCUCGCGUUGACUUCACUCUCCGAGCGUCCAGGAGCGGGAGAGACGCUUCUCGCGUGCCGCAGCAAAAGUUGCGAAGCGGCAGAAAAGUGGGGGGAGGCGGCGACGCGGCGUGGAUUCGCAGCCGAAGCCGACUCUGUGCUCUUUUUUCUUCUUCUUCUUUCUUUUUUUUUGCGGUCGCGAAUCGUCGGAGCAGCAGCAGGAGGACGCGCAGGAGUGUGGAAACCCGAGUCCAGCGGUGAUGAGCUCUGACUCCGAGAGGAUUUCACUGGAGUGCUGCCAGAAACAUCUGGAAAGGAUAACACCGGGACCCACACUCUCCCCCUCCCAGAGAACCAGAGGAGAAUUCACAUCUCAGACAUUUCAGUGUUUCAGCUCUCGAGUCAUAUCUGUUGGCUUUUGUUUCAAUGAUGGAUUGAUUUAAUUUCACACAUAUUCAUAUCUUGUGCCAGCUGUGAUUUGGAUACCAAUAUUUCCCUCCUGGCAUCAGUGGUUUGGAUGUGUUGGCCAACUGGUGCAUUCAGUGUUUUUUUUUUUUUUAAAGGACAAGCGUUCUCACCCGUAAACCGCCACAUAUUGUUAAUCCUGCGAGUUGUGCGUGCAGCUAUGCACUGAAGAUGUGUGCGGCCAGGUUCAGCGGCUGCCACAAUGGCUGUGGCGAGGAAGCCGCCACGGGGCCUGCUGGUCCGGUCCCGGCCUCCAGGAUACUGGACUGGACGGAGGCCGGUCCCCGCAUCCUCCACAGCCUCGAGAUGGGGACGGUGAUGACCGUCUUCUACCAGAAGAAGUCCCAAAGGCCCGAGAGGAGAACCUUCCAGAUAAAGCAAGACAUGCGGCAGAUAGUUUGGACACGAAACCCGGACAAAGUCGAAGGAGAGGUUGACAUACGAGAGAUCCGGGAGCUGCGGUUGGGGAAGGGCUCCCGGGAUUUUGAGCGCUACCCGGAGGAUGCCCGUAAACAUGACCCCGCCCACUGCUUCAUCGUGCUCUACGGCCUGGAGUUUCGCCUCAGGACGCUCAGCGUGGCUGCCUUCAGCGAAGAGGAGGUCAACAUGUGGAUGACUGGUCUCAACUGGCUGAUGACGGACACUCAGAGAGCUCCCGCCCCACAGCAGAUAGACAGGUGGCUGAGGAAACAGUUUGAAGUCAUGGACAGGAGCCACGAGGGCAGCAUCACAGUGAAGGAUGUGAAAGCUCUGCUGCCUCAGGUCAACUACAGAGUGCCGAGCAUGCGCUUCCUGAAAGACAAGCUGCAGGAGGUGGAGGACAGGAGUGACUUGUCGUACCCCAACUUCUCACAGCUCUACAGAACGCUGAUGUUUGACGCUCAGAAGACGAUCAUUGAGCAGCUGGAGCUCUCCUUCCCACUCCGGAAUGUUGAUAGACCGGAGCUUUGUCAGAUCUCCCUCUACGACUUCCAGAAGUUUUUACAGAUGGACCAAAAGGAGUCCUGGGCGUCGGAUCUGAGUCGCGUCAGAGAGUUCCUCACGGGGUACCUGAGGGGUGGACCGCAGCCUGAGCCCAUGCUGCAGCUCGAUGAGUUUCUGACGUUCCUGUUCUCCAAAGAGAAUUCUGUGUGUGACCCUCGACUUUCCCCCGUUGUUGCUGAUGACAUGAAAAGGCCGCUGUCUCAGUACUGGAUCUCCUCUUCACACAACACCUACCUGACAGGUGACCAGUUCUCCAGUGAAUCCUCUCUGGAAGCCUACGCCCGCUGCCUCAGGAUGGGCUGCCGCUGCAUUGAGCUGGACUGCUGGGACGGACCCGACGACCUCCCAAUCAUCUACCACGGCCACACGUUGACCUCCAAGAUCAAAUUCCUGGAUGUGCUGCACACCAUCAAAGAACAAGCCUUCGUCACAUCCGAGUACCCUGUGAUCCUGUCCAUCGAGGACCACUGCAGCGUGGUCCAGCAGAGGAACAUGGCCACGCACUUUAAGAAGGUGUUCGGGGAUCUGCUGCUCACCAAGCCCGUCGAUUCCAACGCGGAGGAGCUUCCCUCGCCGUACCAGCUCCGCCGGAAGAUCCUCAUCAAGCACAAGAAACUGGUCGAGGGCACGCUGUAUGAAGAGGUGACUUCAGCCAGCUUCUCCGAAAACGACAUCAGCAACUCGCUGAGGAACGGCAUCCUCUACCUGGAAGACCCCAUCGACCACACGUGGACUCCACACUAUUUCGUCCUGACCAGUCAUAAGAUUUACUACUCGGAGGAGACGUCCCACUACCAGACGGCGGAUGAGGAGGAGGACGACGAAGGAAAAGUGGAGUGCAACAACAACAACAACGAGCAGCACUGCGCAGAGCGCUGGUUCCACGGGAAGCUGGGCGGAGGUCGCGAUGGUCGACAGGUGGCGGAGAAGCUCCUACAGGAAUACUGCGAGGGCGGGGCCAAAGACGGCACCUUCCUGGUUCGGGAGAGCGAGACGUUUGUCGGGGACUACACCCUCUCGUUCUGGCGCUCCGGUCGUGUCCAGCACUGCAGGAUCCAUUCGCGCCAGGAGUCCGGCGCCACCCGCUUCUACCUCACCGACAACCUGGUGUUUGACAGCCUCUACCGCCUCAUCUGCCACUACAGAGACACGCCUCUGCGCUGCAACGAGUUUGAGAUGAGGCUGGGCGGCCCCGUGCCUCAGCCCAACGCACACGAGAGCAGAGAUUGUGUGUUCUCCAGGUGGUACCACUCCAGUCUGUCCCGCGUUCAGGCUGAACACAUGCUGAUGCGCGUCCCCAGAGACGGAGCGUUCCUGGUGCGGAAACGCAGCGAAAACAACUCCUACGCCAUCUCCUUCAGGGCGGAGGGGAAGAUCAAACACUGUCGCAUUCAGCAGGAGGGCCGUCUCUUCAUGCUGGGCAGCUCGGCAGAGUUCGAGAGUCUCGUGGACCUUGUGAGUUACUACGAGAAGCAUCCUCUGUACCGCAAGAUGAGGCUGCGGUACCCCAUCAACGAGGACACGCUGGACCGCAUGGGCACCACGGAGCUUGACUACGGGGCUCUCUAUGAGAUCCGCAGCCCUCAUUUCUAUGUGGAAGCCAAUAAGAUGCCCACAGCACGGUGUACGGUCAAAGCUCUGUACGACUAUCGAGCUCAGAGGGAAGACGAGCUCUGUUUCCCCAAACAGGCCCUCGUCCUCAAUGUGGAUAAGCAGGAGGGCAGCUGGUGGCGUGGUGACUACGGAGGAAAGAAACAGCUGUGGUUUCCUGCAAACUACGUGGAGGAGAUUCCCAGUUCUCCCACUAGAGAGCUGGAUGAAGUACCAACAGAGAAUAGUCCUCUCGGAACAUUCCUGAAGGGCUUCAUUGAUGUACCCACCUGCCAUGUCGUGGUGCAUAAGGACGGGAAGAAUUCGCGUCCCUACGUGUUCACGAUCCACUCCCAGCAGCCGUCGUCUCACCCGGUUCAGACGCUGGACGUGGCAGCCGACAGUCUGGAGGACGUGACCAGCUGGGUGGCCAAGAUCCGAGAGGCCACACAGAACGCUGACGCUCGGAUGCAGGAGGAGAAGCAAAUGGAGAGGAGGAAGAAGAUAGCGGUGGAGCUGUCUGAGCUGGUGGUCUACUGCAGACCGGUCCCCUUCAACGAGGACAAGAUCGGGACCGAUAGGGCGUGUUACCGGGACAUGUCCUCGUUCCCAGAGACGAAGGCAGAGAAGUUUGCGGCGCGCAGUCGGGGGAAACGCUUCCUGCAGUACAAUCGCCGCCAGCUUUCCAGGGUUUACCCCAGAGGACAGAGGCUGGACUCGUCCAACUACGACCCGCUGCCCGUGUGGCUCUGUGGCUCCCAGCUGGUCGCACUCAAUUUCCAGACCCCAGAUAAACCCAUGCAGCUGAACCAGGCCUUGUUCAUGCUGGGAGGGGCCAGUGGCUUCGUUCCACAGCCUGAUGCCAUGAGGGACGACGCGUAUGACCCUUUCGACAAGGACACCUUACACGUGGAGCCAAUCACCAUCCAGUUACAGCUGCUGGGAGCCCGUCAUCUCCCUAAAACUGGCCGCAGCAUCGUCUGUCCCUUCGUGGAGGUGGAGAUCUGUGGAACCGAGUACGACAGCUGCAAAUGCAAGACGGACGUCGUCGCUGACAACGGGCUGAAUCCUGUGUGGGUGCAGAAGCAGUUUGUGUUUGACAUCCACAACCCCACCUUCUCCUUCCUGCGCUUCACGGUCUACGAGGAGGACAUGUUCAGUGAUCCCAACUUCCUGGCACAGGCGACCUACCCCGUCCGUCUGCUGCGAACAGGCUACAGGAGCAUCCCUCUUAAGAACAGCUACAACGAAGAGCUGGAGUUGGCGUCACUUCUGAUCCAUAUAGAGAUCGUCAAUGCAAAGGAGGAAGACGAUGAGAACAUCUACAUGACCAUCCAGCGUCUGCGGGAUCGAACCAGCGAGCUGUCCACCCAGGUUUCCCUCCUGGAGAGGUCGGGCUCGGGGGAUCUGGGAUACCAGCAGAUGCUGGAGGAGCUCAGAUCAGCUCAGGACCAACUGAGUGAGCUGGUGGAGGCUCGAAACCACAGGCUGAUGGAGAAGAAGAGACGGGAGAAACUGAGGCAGCAGGUGGCAGCAAAGCGCAGCUAACUCUCCGAUCCACCAGAGGGCGCUACACUGCAACGCAAACGCUGCCACGAGAGCUCGACAGCCAAAGAUGAUAACAUUCAUAACUGGAAUGUAAACAAUACAUUGUAAAACGUGAUGGCACCAGAGCAAAAAGUGACAAAUAGAAGCAGCUCAUGGACAAAAAAAACCCUCACAAAACUAAGCUAUAAAACCAUCAUGGACGUAAUGCUGAAACACAACGCUUAAGGAAAUACUUUUUUAUGAACCAAAUAAUUGUUGACUAAUGGAAAUAAUAAAGAGGACAUUGCUCGUUAGUUGGAAGUAUUGUAGAGUUUAAGACACUGAAUGUCUGCUAAUUAUAAAAUGUGCAGCUGGAAAACUGCCACAACAAGAAAAAGUCAAUGUCAGCACUUUUUCAAUUAUUACAACAACAGAUUAAUGCUGUCCAACAGGAGACCAGAACAAAAGGAAUAUUGAUGACUUGGCUACUACUUGACACUUUUAGAAACUGGAACAUUUGAGUGUAUAUGUUGGGAUAACAGCACAUUCCUGGGGAAGUCCUACAGCGAUACAGAGCACCACAGAUACCAGUCUCGUCUCCCGGCUUUCUUUACUUGUUAAAACAAAAUAUAACUACGGGGAUAUAAAUGUACUGAAUUGUUAGUUAUUAAAAUAAUAUCAGAUCAAGGCAUUUUUAAAUCGGUCUCACUACUCAAAGCUGAAGUUUAAAGAUCACCUUUACCGUAUUUUGAUCUUGAGGUAAUUGGAAUAUAAAGGGAGGAGAAAACUCAGGUAACACAAGCGGAUGAACUUAAAGUGAGCAGUGCAAAAAGAAAAGUUAAUAUCAUGUAUGUGCCUUUUGAUAUUGUAAAAAAAGAAAGGAAGAAAAAACUUUACCUACAACUGGAAUAGUGACCCUUAAUGGGAAAAUACAAACAUACUGGUGGACAAAUCCACUCGUUUGACUUCACGACUUUCACUACUCGUGAAAUGGAUUUUAAAAGAGAUUUGGUUGUGAUGAGUGUCAGGACAGGAGCCCCUCUCCCCCUGCGGUCAGACAUUGCUGUUCUACCUGGGAGAGCCCAAACUGGAUGACCUGAACAAAAUCCUCACCAAACAACACCAAGAAGAUAUUUUGAAUACCUCAAAAGGCUCUAAAUAAACUACCUAAAACUAAAGAGACACACAAACAGCGAGCAGGGAGAGGGGGAGACCCUUUACAUCACAUGCACAGGGGUUCAGAUGUGUUGUCACAGUCAGACACACACACACGACAAACAAGGCUAUCUAUCAGUUCCCAUCAUCUCUCUUAUCUACACAUGUGACUCAACUGGUCCUUGAUUGGCAAAAAAAGGCUUCAAAUCUACCCGCAGCAUGGCUUCAUAUCUAUUCAGGCCCCUCUCGUCGUUCUCCAUGUAUAUAACUUUUUUAUUUAUAAAACCAGAGGAGGUCUUGUUAUACUAGUUGAAAGAACGUACUCUGAGAAUGAUUAUUGAUUUCAGAUUGAUACUGUAACUUUAUGUAGACAUGGAUGUGUGCCUCUAAAGCUCACCAAAGACACACACCCAUGUCCCCCAAUGAGUGGGGGCUUCUAUGCAAAAGUUGUCUUCGUGGCCUAUAGCCAUGUUUAUUAGGCUCACUCCAAUUCAAAUCUCUUCGUACUUACGCUAACUGUCUCGUAUAAUGACCGUGUAUUAAAAUGCUGUGCAAGUUUCCAUUUAUUAAAGCUUUUUCAUGUA